GUGCCGCGUAUCUGGCCAGUAGUGUGUAGCAACACCGCGCGGAGGGCUUCAAGGGCAAGUGCCUCAAUUCAGCCAUUCUUGUACACAGGAGUAGUGCAAAAAAAAAAACAACAACAAAAACAAAAAACCUUGGAUUUAUAAACGACUGCUGGAAAUAAACGGGUGCAGCCCGGAGCUUUUGGUGUAUGUGUGAAUCACAGUAUGUCUUUCUUGCUGUGAGCAAAAACAACAUUCUCAUUUUACAUGGACUUCAUCAAUUCGGUGUAGCCUGAGGAAGAGGAAUUGACUGUUCACCGAAACAGGAGUUGUUUAUAAAUUUUAAUAAAAGGGAAAAUCUAGGGAAUGGUGGAUCAUUUCUUGUCAGCUGAAGAGAACUUCCUUUCUUACAGUGGCAUAGACUCUGCCUCACCUGUGGGGUACCACCUGUCAGAUAUGGUAUCAGACUCGGGGAGCUAUAAGGUGAUGCCGUCACCAUUCUCAGAAGACGACCUCAGUGAUGCAUCGAGUCUGCGUUCCUGCUCCUCCCCAGAUUCCCAAGUCCUAAGCUCAAGCUACGGAAGUACAUCAAGUACCGAGAGCCAGGAUGGCAUCCUCAACUUCCUGCUAUCCCAUACUUCCCUUGGUGGUGGAGGUGGCAACCAUGCCGAGGAUAGCACUGUAACCUCAACUCCUCUAGCAGGCAUCCCCUGGAACUCACAAAGAGACAGCAUGAAGGAAGAGAACUUUGACUUACCAAUCUGGUCCCCCUCAAACAUGGAGGAGGCACCUGCUGAACCUUUCCAACCCACCCUGGAGGAAAUUGAAGAGUUCUUAGAAGAAAACAUGAGUGGUUUGGUGUCCCUCAAGCAUGAGGGGAACUCACACCUUGGAUUGGAGUUGGAGCUGGACCUCGGAUUGGGGACAGGAGUGGUGGUCAUGGAAGAGAUCUCAUCUAGGGUGCCAGAGACAAGCACCAUUGGAUCUCAGCAUCAUUCUAAUCAAACGGUGUCAAUGGCUAAGCUUCCAUCAAACUUCAGAGUUGAUCAUGAGACCACAAGCACAGAUAGUAUUCCAAGUAAUCAAGAUCCAAGCAUGCAGGCAGAGGAUGCAAUAAAGAAGGAGACCCAAAGUAGACCUGUCUCCACUGAGAACAACACUACCCCAAAUGCCAGCAAUGAUAAUAGUGGGAUGCCUGUUAUUCUUCAAAUCCAACCAAUUCAGAUCAAACAGGAGAAUCAGGGCCCCAGUGGGGCUGCAACUCCUCCCUUAACAACUCAGCCCCCCGCCCCAGGCACAGACAUCAAAAUUGCCCAACUGCUGGUUAACAUCCAGGGACAGACCUUUGCAUUAGUCCCUCAGUUUCUACCUUCUACCCCCAAUUCAUCUUCACCAUCUACCAGGCUCAGUGGCACAUCUAAAUUUGUGCGGAUAGCACCUGUGCCCAUCGCAGCAAAACCUGUGGGUAGUGGAGGGGAUGGUCUUGGUGUGGGUGGGUUCCAAGCUGGUCUCCUAGUCGGAGGAGCACAGAAGUUCCAGAAGAAUCCAGUGGCAGAUCUCAUCAAAAUGCACAAGUGCAACUUUCCAGGCUGUGCCAAGAUGUACACCAAGAGUAGCCAUCUUAAAGCUCACCUGAGGAGACAUACUGGAGAGAAGCCAUUUGCCUGUAACUGGCCUGGCUGUGUAUGGAAGUUUUCCCGCUCGGAUGAGCUGUCCCGUCACCGGCGGUCCCAUUCUGGGGUGAAGCCGUACCAGUGUCCCGUGUGUGAGAAGAAGUUUGCCCGCAGUGAUCACCUAUCAAAGCACAUCAAAGUCCACCGCUUUCCCAGGAACAGCCGGACAGUCCGCACUGCUGCCUGAUCCCACCCCCAUUGCACUCACUGAACCACAAAAUCACAACGAAUUUGGUGUGUGUGAAUAGGUGAGAGGAAACUGUUGGAACCGUAAGAAGUAUCAUGUCUGAGCAUUUCUACUUUGCCCUCAUAUUUAUAGUGUUUUAAAUUAAAUCUCAGUGGCAGAGCAAAGGCAAAAUGUAUUGUUAUCUUUGGUGCUACAUUCUGUAUGGAUUACAAAGAAGAGCAGACUGGCAUUAAUACAGACUGUGCUAAUGGGGAUCAGUCGAUUUGAAUAAGCUAUGGGGACACUUUCAUAAACCACAUCAUUCUUAUGUGAGUGCAGAACGACAAUAGAAAUGCAAAAAACGAGGACAAUGUCGAUUGUACAUGUUUAAUAUGUACACCUUCAAUCAGUGUUGAAAAUCUCAUUUUUGCUUUUAAGGCAAGCUGUUUUGUAAUAAGGUGUUUGUAUUUUUAUUAAUGUCGCCUCUUAAUGGCUCUGCUGUGUUUUUGGCCUUAGUCAACCACAAAGCUCUUAUCUCAGGUCUGACUUGGGUGCUGGGGACGCUGUAAACCCAGUCUCAGCAUUUCAGAACAACUCAUGAAGUUCAUGAAGGAAUGUGACCCAAUCAAACAACUUAGAGUAAUAACUAAGAGUGUUAAUCAUUUAUACUCGUAGUUAGCACUUAGCAGCAGUGACACUAAAUGAGAUUCACUUGAUAUUUGUAAGCACAUGGAGCAUUUGGACCCAAGUGUCUUCUCUUUCUGUUUUAUUAUUUUAUUUCCUGUGACACAGAAUAUGCCUCCAAACUCCAGUGUGUUACUGGAUUACCUACAGAUCAUUGUGAUACUAAUGCUGGUGUUACAUCUGUCUACCCCACUCCCCCGCACCUUCACACAAACAGGAGCAUGAACAUGAAACACUGUAGCUGUUACUUUCAGUGAACCCAAAGUGGUCAAGAUAAAAUGGUUAUGUUACAGUUUGAGGAUUACAUACUGUAACUUUACAACGAUUACACACCAGCAUGUUUGCGUUUGUUCAUGUUUGUUAGGAAAGUUGGGUAAGUAGUGUGGACAUACCAAGGUGCUUGUGGCUGAAGUAGGCAAAACCACAGUAGUGUUGGUGCCAUGUUUUAUUUAGUGUUUAUUAAUAUUUUCUGGGCACUUCUGGAAGUGGGGAGACUUACUUCCUUAUCUGUUUCAUGUGUGUUCUCUUUCUGAUCAAGGGGCCCACUGUACAUAUAUAAUGGCAUUCCUUUCAUUCAUAGAAUGAAUUUUAUGAAUACUUGUUAACACACAGGUGUUUUUAGCCACAUCCUAUGAAUGUAUGUAAAUAAAACCUGUAUGAUUUUAAGGGUGGGGAGGUUGAGAGGCAAAUUAAACAAAGGGGAAUUGUUGUUUGUGGUUAAGAUUUUUAGUGUAAUCCUAAAUGUGUACAUAAGUGUUUCCAUACAUAUAAGUAUAUAAAUAUAUAUAUUUUUCCCCUUGUACACUGAAUUCAUUUACAAAUAAAACAUGUAGAUAAAUAUUUUGUGGUGGUGUCUACACUGUAAAGUAUAAAAAAAUGCAUUUUAAAAAAUCUAGAAUCUAUGUCCAAGUAGCUAGAUUUACCUUUCCUCAAAAAUGACCAAAGAUCGUGGAGACUACACUGCAACAUUUAUGAUAUUUCUAGCUCCAGAAUGAAUUAUGAUCUUCAAGGUCUUGAUAAUUACUCAGCUAUCUGUUGACUCUGAAGGUCUUGAAAAGGUAAAACAGCAGUGCAGUUAUCAGGCAUCAUGAAGCUAAGAGCUGACAUCUGCUUUUAUAAAAAGUCAUUCCAAUAUGCAAUAUUUUUAACCAAAAGAUUAAUUUGUAGUUUCAACCAGUGUUCAUUGUUAAGUAGUCUAGUUAAUAAGGAUAAUGAGCUGCUGGUCUAACAGCUUUCAUAAGCACUGGAUAGACACACAAAAUGUGAGCUUACAAAGCUCUAUAGGAAUUAAACAGAGCCUGUACAUUCAUAUGAGCAAAACAUUCAUUGUUACUAAACAUGCAGAGAUGAUAGGUUUCAAAUGAUAGCCAUCAGCUUCAAUAAACAUGAACAACCUCAUCUCACUCUUCCCACAGUGAUAAAACCCUGGAGACUUUUGUAACUGUUAGAGGAAAAUUAUUAUACAUCAGAGUGUACACAAUGUUUCUCAGAACAGUUGUUGCUUUGUAUUUGCUCUUCCCUCCCCAUAUCACAUGCAGUGCUACCAAUGUGUGUAAAAAUGCUUAGUCACUGGCCAUAAGGAGAGAGUCAAAGUCAUAUGUGAAGUAGGAAAGGUUGGUUUACAGCUUAUCAUGAACACAUGGCAUGAUUACAGAGAACUGUUUCAUGUUGUGUUAGUGGGAGUAGGGGGCUGUGUAUAUAGGGGAUGGGAAGACAUGCAGUUGCUUUGGUAAAUAAAAAAGUAAAGUAAAAACAGGAAAAAGUAGUUAGCCUUGAUCAUUUGCGAAUGAUUUUGGUAUGAGGUUUUACCUGUAUGGACAACGAAUCUUCCAUUCCACAGGAGGAAGAGUCCUGGGUAUUUGUAUGUACAGUAUGAUUACUUAGAAUGCGUGCAGUGUGAGGCACUGUAUUGAAAAGGAAAAAAUGUAUAUAGCACCUUGAUGAAAGUAAUUAAAAAGUGAUUUAAAUGUAAUUUAAGAAUAGCACAAUAAAAUGAAAACAAAUUAGUCAAAAUGCAAUGAAAUAAUGGACAGAAAUAUGAGUCAUAGUAUAAGCAAUUGUGUAUGCUAAGUAAUAGUAAUAGGUAAAAUAAAUACAGUAAAGAGAAGUGUUAGGAUACAAAAGAAAGGACAAAAGCAGAAAAAAGUGUCACUUUUUGAGCUUUUCCUUAAAAAUCACCAAUAGUCAGAAAUAAAAAAUAAUUUAAAAAAAUCAUUAAAACAAAAGAACAAUUCCCCAAAUGUCUAAAAUAAUAUUACCAGCUAUACCUAGCAGUAAAUUACAAUGUGCAGAUGUGGUGUUGAGGUCAGUGGGGUUGGGGUCAGGGUUCAAAUUUUUCCACACCAAUCUUGGCAAAACAUGUCUUCAUGAACUUUGCUUUGUGCACAGGAGCAUUGUCAUGUUGGAACAUGUUUGGGUCUCUUAGUUCCAGUGAAGGGAAAUCAUAAUUCUACAGCAUACAAAGACAUCCUGUAUAAUUGUGUACUUCCAACUUUGUGGCAAUGGUUUGGGGAAGAACCACAUAUGGGUGUGAUGGUUAGGUGUCCACAACCCUUUGGCAAUACAGUGUAUAUACCUGGUUACAAAAGUAGUAUACAGAUGUUUUUUGAGGAAUUCUUUCAGACUGCAUAGCCAUACAUUAUCCAUGGAAAUAUGUCAGGGGUUUCCUAACCUAGAACAUUGCACUACACUAUCAUGUACAGUGCCAAGACAGCGCUGAACUAUGCAAUAUUUAUCCCAACGUGCUGACCUUGGCUCUUUGGGUUUUGACGUGCCAGAUGGACUGUUAUGACAUCAACACACAACUUGUACAACUUUCAUCAAAACCAUCCUGGGGCCAUCAUUAGAAAUCUGUUUAGGUUUAUUAGAAAAAGAUGGCUGAAAUUGCAUAAGGCUGUCCAGAGUGGCCAGCCACCUCCCUCAAAGAUUUGAAAUAAUUUACCAAAGAGACUAUUUCAGCAUCUACAUACUCACAGGAGAUGCAUUAGUAUCACAGUCAACUGUGCAUGUUUUAAAUUUUACCCAAGUUUCUCUGAUU